CUGCCGUCGCUUGGUUGCGGCGCCGCUUCCGUCGGUGGGGACCGACCGAAAUGGCGGCGGCCGCCACAGCCUUGUCCCUCUCCUCCGCCUCCUCUGCCGCGCUGCUGCGCCCGGGCUGGGCGCCCCUGAGGCUGUGGCGAGCCCUCGCUCGCAGCGCCAGCAGCUUCCCCCGCAGCGCCGCCAGUGAUGAAGCAGCUGUUAUCUCAGGGACGAGGCUUGCACACCAGGUUUUGAAAGAAGUUCGAAGGGACGUGGAAUCGUGGAUAUCUGCUGGCAACCAGAGGCCUCACCUCACUGUCAUAUUGGUAGGAGACAAUCCAGCCAGUCACAUCUAUGUCAGGAACAAGAUAAAGGCAGCUGCAGCUGUGGGCAUUUCUAGUGAGAUCAUACUGAGGCCUAAAGACAUUUCACAGGAAGAGCUCUUGGAUAUGACAGCAAAACUCAACAAGGAUUCCAGAGUUAGUGGCUUAUUAGUUCAGCUGCCUCUCCCAGAUCACAUAGAUGAGCGGACAGUCUGCAAUGCCAUCGCCCCUGAGAAGGAUGUGGAUGGGUUCCAUAUCAUGAACAUUGGGCGGCUGUGUCUGGAUCAGCCUUCCAUAAUCCCUGCCACCGCUGCUGCUGUCUGGGAGAUCAUCAAACGGACAGGAAUACAAACAUUUGGAAAAAAUGUUCUUGUAGCCGGAAGAUCCAAAAAUGUUGGAAUGCCUAUUUCAAUGCUUUUACAUACUGAUGGAGAGCAUGAAAGGCCUGGAGGUGAUGCUACAGUGACCAUUACUCACAGAUACACCCCAAAAGAGCAGCUCAAGAUCCAUACACAGCUUGCUGACAUAGUAAUAGUUGCUGCAGGUAUCCCAAAGUUGAUUACAGCUGAUAUGGUCAAAGAAGGUGCAACUGUGAUUGAUGUAGGCAUCAACCAUAUCCAUGAUCCUCUUACAGGAAAAACCAAAUUAGUUGGUGAUGUGGACUUUGAAGCAAUGGGGGCACUGAGUGAAGAGUCCGCUAUUACCGCUUCAUCCCUCAGCACGGACUUACGGAUUAAUUGGACAAAAAACAAUGCUGGAGUAGAUUAUUCAGAGCAGCCAAAGCUCUUGAAGCUGAUGCAGACCUGCCUUGAGGAGCAUCACAGCUAUUGUAUCAAUGGGCUCUGCGCCUUCCACAGUGAACUGAGGAAGCCCAUAUGCAAGUGCCUUGCAGGUUAUAAUGGAGAGAGGUGUGAACAUUUAACACUAAAUUCAUAUGCACAUAAUUCUUAUGAGCGCUACAUUGCUGUGGGGAUUGGGAUUGGAAUACUGACCAGUGGAAUACUCGCCAUCAUCUACUGCUAUGUAAGAAAGAGAUGCAGGAAACUGCAAUCCCCCUACAAGGUGUGUGUGGGUGAGACGGCGCUGUGAAGCCCUGUGCUGGAACUCUCACCGGUUUGCCUGCUGAGGAGGAAGGCCCCCGCGCCAUGGGACAGGUGCCCCGGCCUUGUUGAGGAGAUGAGCCCGAGGAAACGGCGGAGGAGCGUGCCAAGGGAACUCCUGCAGCACUGACAGGCUCUGGGUGUGGUUGAAGAAAGACUUCCUCUCUUGGGUGAGGGUGGAUGGUCCCCAGGCCCAAGCAGCUGAGGACACUGCAGGCAUCUCAGCACUGUCCUGUGCCUAGUGUUUGCUCUGGGGGAAGGACUGGUUGGUUUUAGCUGUUUUCAGUCAUUUCAAGCACUUGUACAGUGUUCUGCUUUGGUCUUUUUUGUGUUCUGUUUGGUUUUGUUUUCUUUUUUUUUCUCCUCUGGAGGAUAAGCACCACCUCCCUCAUAGUGGAGCUGUAUUCUGGACAUCAUGUGCUGACCACUAACCAUUUGGGUUCUGAUUUUGUUGUCUGCUGGCUGUGUGUGGAUAAACAGUCCUCUCCCAACCCAGUGGUUACCCUUGGUGGGCUGGGCCACGUAUGGGCUUCUGGUGCCAUAAAGGACAACAAAUGUUUUGGACUGAGGAAAGUGUCUGGUUCUCAAAACCAUACUUAAAUUAAAAUAUAGAGACUAGGCAAUUCUUCUGGAAAAUCAGACCAUGACACCUCUGGGCAUGGCAUGUUCUUAUUGUUUUCAUAAGCAAAGCAACAGGAUGCCUUUCUCAAAAUGGAUUGUGGAGUGUGAUUGUGACAAAGAACUGUCUGCUUCCCAAACAUCCUACAGCAGGUCCUCAGUUCCAUGGAAUUUCAGGCAGAACAUUGCCUUGCUGCACCCUAAUUCCUGCACAAGACUUGAAUUCCUAGAGAAGCUGGAAUUUUGAUAUGAAACUUCACUACAGUUUUUCCCAGGAAACAGACUUUCUCCAUUCCAUUUGCACAUUAUGGGGACAUUGUAACCACUCAAAUAAGAAAUUAUUUUAGGGAUUCAGUUCCACCCUGGACUAACAGAUUGCAUAUCGGAUGCUUGGUUCCAUUCAUCUUAUCUACAAAGAGUUGGUAAGGUACAAAGAUUUGGUUCAAGGAAAAGGGAAGAAAAUUGGUUCUGAAGAUGAUGGCACUAAUUGGGAUGUCUCACAGACAGCUGGAGUGUUUGCCAUGCUGAUGUGACUAGAGAUGGCUUUCAGACAUUUUCAUUUCAGCUGUUGCACAUUGUAGACUCAUCUGCUGUGCUCAGCCAUCUACCAGCGAAAGGCAAUUGGUACUUUGAAGUCUUGUGGAGUCAUAUUGGCUCCAAAAUUCAGGUGCCCUGCUGAAAGCUCAGUUUUUUGGUUAUGUGAGUUAAUUUUUACAAGAGGGAUGCAUGUUUUUGGUUGAAAAAACCCGUGUAUUUGUGAGACUACAGUGACAAUGCUGAAAUGUGUAUGAAAGGUGGGGUUUGAAAGGGUAAAGGUGUGUGUGGCAUGUCAACGGUCUGAAGUUCAGGGGCUUCUCAUGUGGGCAUCCUCAUCAGUAGCUGAGCCAUCUUGGCUCUGUGAUACCAGUAAAUAAAACAGCACAUCACACACUGCUUGGAAUCCCGUGUAACAGAGGGAGCAAGCAGCAUAUGCACACACAAAAAGGAUUGCUGGUGAGAAGUGGAUGGACACCACUCCUCUGCACAUUGACACCAUUGUAUUCAUCCCUCAGCCUUUUUGUCUUCUUCAUCUCCAGUCAAAUCUUCAAAUCUUUGCACUGCUUCCUUUUUUCCAUUCUUCUGAUCUUUUCUUAGGUUCCACUGCUGGGUAACUUGUGCUCGUGACUAUCUUCAAGUCAGCUUUUGGUAGUGGCCCUGUCAUUUUGUGUCACACAUAUGUGGUGAGAGGACAAUUAGGUAUAAAUUAGUCUGCACAUCCUCACAAAUGCAAAACACCCUUCACCCAUCUCACAUGGAAAUGGAAGAUGUGCAUGCCAUUAGGAAAACACAGGUGAGAGAUCCUGCUUGUUGGUCUCAGGAGAAAAUGGUGGAGCUGAAUAUCCAAAGGAUGAAAAGCCUCAGGGUUUUUGUCACAUGAGUGAAUCUGCCUCUCCCCAGUGAGUUGUCUCUUGUGCUCACACUGCUGGUGUUGGAUUCACUUCCCAAGGACCAACCCCUCUCCUUUGCAGAGGCUGUCUUGGAGCAGGCAUGCACCCUACACAGCUGCCUCAGGGGGUCUGUGCACUUGGCACACAAGUUCUAAGGGCAUGAGUUGGAACAUCUGGACUUCACCUUGCCCAAAGAGUACUGUUGGAGAGAUGCAUUUUGAUUGCACGUUCUCUUACUGAUGUUUGUUACACCCCUUGUGUACCAGAGGCCAUGCAGGUGCCCUGCAAUAUGUGCAAGUGCCUUUUCACUGGUUUUACUCAUUGCAGUGAGCCAUUUUGUACCUACAGCAACAUACUCUGAUUUUUUUCAGGUUUGGUUACUCGUAAGUGAAAAGGAAGGUCUACUUAAGGGCCACAAUUCAGCAGGAGAAUACAUAGUGAAAUGUUUUUCUAGUUGUCUUUCAGGCCCAAGGAGGCUUUGGAAGUGAGAGUUUGCUGGUAUUUUUUUGCCAGUGGAAGUGGAAGGUGAAGCACCAGGUAAGCCUGUGCUAUGAAAAAUGAGACUUGGUGUCAGGACAGCAUGAGAAUAAAAUAGAAAGAUGAUGAUGGGAAGAAGGCAAGGCAGGAAGGAAAAGAAGGUGCUUGCUUUAUUUUAGUUCUCUUUUUUCCAAGUGGAGUCAUGGCUUCCAGCACAGUGUUCCUCACCGCCUGGGUGCUGUGUGCCCACCCUGCAGAAGCACAGCCUCAGAGCAGGCCCCAGCUGUGUGUGAGGCAUGGCUGCCUGACUGACUCACGGUGCACUUGGGCUGAGGGAAUCUGCAUGGCCUCACAUUGCUGCAGGGAGUCAGCCCUGCUGAGCCCUUCCUUGAUAAGUGACAGAUGCUGCCAGCCUGGAAUGGUGUGCUGCUGCUUACGGUGCUGAAUUUCCUGCAGAACUGGCCUGUCAGAGGAUCAGGAUCAUCUUUCCUAGCUCAUUUAUCAGGCUCACUACUCUUUGUGUAGUGGCAUAAUUAAGAGAGUCGUAAGCUUCUUCUUCCCUUUCCAGCUGCACGUGCCAAAAACUGUCAUUUCAAGAGGAGCUUCUGCUUUAUGUGACUUUUAGGUAGGGCUGCUUCAGCUGUGGGAGGCAGCAGCUUAGCAGGGGCGGCAAACCAGAGACAUCAAAGACCAGGAUAUUCCUUUCUCAAGGACAGAGCACUUGCCCUGUGAAUGAUCCAGGCUGGUGGAACCACACUGGCUUUUGCUGCAGCACAUCUCUCACGCUGGGUUGCCCUUAAGCUACCCAGCCCUGAACCUGCUCCACUGGCAUCUGCAGCCACUGUGCAGGUGUGCUGGGCUGCCACUGGAACAUCUUCCCUGCAUUCAGCUCCCAUUUUCUGCUCAGCUGUGUGGGUGGCCUACAAGUUUCCCUGAUCCCAGCGAGGUCUGUUGCAAACACUGAGAUGUAAGCCUGGGGACAAGAUGGCUUUAAAGACAUUUGAUUUGGUUUUGGAGGGAAGUGUAAGGAAUUGAAUUGAUGCUCUGAGUGCACAGUGUCCCUGUCCCUCCUGCUGGCUGGGGCACACUGGUGGCUGGCACACAGGUAAGAGACAGUUUUUCCUUGGAGGUUUUCUGUUAUUCUUAGUAGCCCACAGUAUAUUUGGAAAAUGACACACCAGGGUUUGUUCUCCAUCCCACUUACAGUAAAAGUACAAAUCUCAUUGGUGCUGCUGCAGCAGUGCAAUCCUGCACUAAGAACCAGCUGUGAAACUAAUUGCUUCUAAGUGACUCUCAACCUCAUGCAAAAAAAAAACCCAAAACAAGACUGAACCCCCCCCCCCCCCCAAAGAACCCACUCCAACUCUCCCCUCCGCCUCCAACAAAACCCCAAAACCAACCCAAAAAAUCAUAUUCCUCUUGGCAGAAGAGCUUUGUAAUUCUUUGUACCUGUUAUAUGUUUUGUUUCAUUUCUGGUCCAUGAAAUACACUGUAGCAUCCCACAAGGUUCAUAAUUAAGUUCAGAAUAACUCCUGUUGCCCCUGAAGGUUGCAGUUCUUAAUGGAUUGCCUUUAGACCAUCCCUAGGAAGCAAGGCUUUGAGAAGGAUGUUCAUUAUUCUUCUGUGAGUUCUUUUAAGAAAUGGUGCUUGGGUAGAUCAGUAACACAGUAAGUGUUAAGAGACAGGAAACAUGGGUCAGAUUUGGUAACAUGCAAGUUUGAGGGCAAACAGCUAGAAUUUCUUUCUGAAUAUUCAUUUCAGCUCUCUCUUGUGUGAUAUGAGUGCAGAUUUACUAUUUGUGUUUUAACUUUUAGAGCUAAUCUGAAAAGUAUCAUGGCAAAGUGUAAGUGUUAGAGAGCAGACAAUGUGCAUGAUAAAUAAUCUGAAGGAUUCCGAUUCAGUCAGAGCUGGGUUCAGUCAGCUCCAGCCUUGUCAGAGGCAGGGUCUUCAUAGCCCUGCUGAUUUCAGAGAAUGCUGGCAUGGAACCCAGAGCUGGCUGCUCCCUGGUCUGUGUGUCACAGAGCUCUGGUGUGGCUGCUCUUACCUAUCCUGAGCCUUGCUUGGAGAAGGGAAACGCCUGUAGAGGUCCCUAUUGUACUGCAAAUCCAGGAAACCGCUUGGGACUCCUCCUUUAUGACCCAGUUGAGGAACAAAGGCAAAAAAGUGCAGGUACUCAUUAAAAUCUCAGUGUAAGUAGUCAUUAAUUAUCAUGACAGCAAUAAAAUCUUGUACUGUGACUAGACUUGGGGCUGCUCCUACUCUCGCUGAACUGAGUGGAAGGGAGAGCAGGUUCUGUGAGCAGCAGACCUGGCUGAGCUGGAGGAGGUGUGCAUGAGAGGGGACUGUUCACUGGGCUGCUCUGCGAGCUCUGCUGCUCCGGGCCCUUUGGCUCUUGGCUGUGCAGGGAAGAGCUCCCUCCCUCUCUGUGGCUGCCAGGGUUGGGAGCUGGGGCACAGGCUGGGUUUGGUUGAGAGCAGGGUUUGACUUGGUAUAAAGCCCAUGGCCUGUGUGUAAGCAAACCUCUAAAUGAGAGGUUGCUUGAGUCAAAUUAAAAUUCUAAUUCUGUUUUUCAUAAGUAUAAACAUAAAAAUAGCCCAUGAGACACAGUUUCAACAGACAAAUUAGGGUUAAAACUGCUCUAAAUGCUUAUUCUCUGGAGCAGUUUGGGAUGAGCUGAACUUGGUAGUUGAGGUAUGUCUUGCAUAGCCAUUCUGGGGGAAUUUUCCAUUUGAUGAUUUGGGGGUUUUGCCCCAUUGUGGAAUUAGGGCCAUCUGUGAAUGGUCACCUGCCUUAGCUCUGGGCUCAGUUUUCUAGUUCAUAAAAAGGUUCAAGGUACCCAAAGGCGAGGUUUUGAUUCCAUGUCUAAGGCCAAGUCACUUAAAUGCUAAUUUUUAAUCAAAACUUCGUGUUGAAUUUAUCUGGUUGGUAUUGGCAAGGAAGUUUCCUUGUAUAGAUUUCCCAGUGCCAUUUCUUUGCCUUUCUAUGAAGGUGUUUUGUCCUUUAAUAAGCAGAAACAGAGUUUACUGCAUUUUCAAUACCUGAUAUUCAAAUGCCAGCUGUGUUUCCUGGCUAGGACUGAGCAAAAUGUGGCAUGGCAGCAUUGCCCCUGUUAUGCU